ACUGCGCAUACCUAUCUUGGCACUUGCCGGCGUCGAGUAAAAGUCAACGACGUUGGUAAGAGCCAUUUGCCAGCGUCUUAAAGAAAGCAGGACGUGAGGUUAGUUUUCAAAGUUUUCUAGCGAUAAUUCACGUGUUUUUGCCAGAAAAAUCAAAUUAUUAUAUUAGUAACAUGUUCUUCACGAAUGUCUUUGACUUUUUUUGUCUGUUUUCAUUCAAUUCUACCUUCUACAGCCAUGGCAACUCAUGAAAGCGCUGGCGAAGGCACGAAAAGGUAUGAAUGAAAAGUUGAAUGCUGUAUGGACAUCUUUCUUUUUAAUCACACUGCACUAAAGUAUAAGACAUUUUCUGGUGCUCAUUAAAUUUGAAAGGACCGAAAAGUCGCGUAUCUUUUUUUUUUUGAGUUGUCACAUCAACAGUAAGAAACAGAGCCGAGUUGGCUAAUAGCUGGUAAGUUUACGUACUUCGCUGAACAAAAAAAAAAUUUCUUACCCUGCCAGCUUUGAAAACAAUUUUAAAGUCAAUGAAAAGUUUAUUUUUACUCCUUUUCUCUUGUUAAGAGGGAUCUUAUAGCUAGCUUGGUGUUGUAGAAACACGCAAACUUUCCUUGGCUUACAGCUGUGUUUGCUUUUCUGCUCGCUGUGCGAACUGAUUUUGUUGUUUUUCAUUUUCUAUUGUGUUAUUUUCUUAAGCUUGUAAGACAAUCAACCAGCGAGUGUGAUCUCAUGGAUAAAAUAGCUAGCGGAGAAACGUUACUUUAACAGUUAGCUUAGUAAAAUAGCGAUUUAACUGUUCAGUAAAUUAUAUUUAUAUAUUUUUAUAAUUUUUUUCACAGAAUGCCGAAAAUGAAGUGGUCACUUCAACAUGACACUAUAUUUGGUCGCGAACUCCUUAGUUUGGAACUUUGGAAGUACUGUUCAGGCACCAGAGAGCGGGGAAACUGUUUAGACGAAAUAUGCAAAAUUCUGAAUAACAUCAAAGAGCCCCAAUUUUGCGUUUCGCAAAAGGGUUUGAGGGACCGUUUGAAAAUCCUGGAAAGGGAUUCCAAGGCCAGGAAGAGAGAGGCCGAGAGGGGCUCGGGAAUUUCCCCCGAAUACCGAGAAAUAGAUCAAAUAAUGGAAGACUAUAUGGAGAGAAGAGAGGAGGAAGAGAAGACCAAGGAAUCCCGCACUGAUGUGGAUCGAAACAAGGCAGAUCAAGAUAAAGCAGCAGGCGAGGAGAUGAGGGAGAGAGCCAUGGAGAGGCUAGCUCAGACUAAGAAGAGAAAUGGCAAAGAUGAACCACGAAAAAAGCGCCAAAAAAGUGGUGACACCCUUGACUAUCUAAGGGAGGCAGCGGAGAGGGACUCUCAGUUAAGGCAAGAUGAGCUGGACAUGAAGAGGAGGCAAGACGAAGCUACAGCUGCUACCCAGCAAGCAUUGUUCACUCAGCUGCGGGACCAGCAACAGUUACAAGUGCAGCAACAGCAACAGCAGCAACAGCAGUUUAUGCAUAUGAUGCAAAUGAUGCUGAACAGACAGCAAGCGCAAACACAAGCAGUCAUUGAACUCUUAAAAAAGGGACCGUAG